AUGUCUCAAGUUCAACAACUCCAACAAUACCAAGCGCUACAACAAAUCAUGCAACACAACUCGUUUGAACAACUCCAAUCGCAACCGCCAACUUCCCAAGCGGUUCACCUUGAUGAUGAUGAUGAUGAAGAAGUCGUCCCCGAAUCGCCACCGCAAGAGCUCAACCGAAAAAAAAACAUGGGGAAGGGGAAGAAGGUUGAAAACGUACCCGAAACCGCGCCAAAAAGCGGUUCGAGAGCAAAGGAGAGACCUUGGACGAAAGUAGAGGAGGAGGCGCUAGCAAUAGCGUAUGCUAAGUCCUCUACUAACCCGAUAGUCGGAAACAAUCAAACGGGUGAUAGUUUUUGGAAGAAGGCAACGGCUAAAUUUCAUGAGAUUAUGGAGCAUAGCUCGGAUCGUGAUGUAGAAGCCGUCUCGGGCAAGUGGCGUAAAAUGAGCAAGAUCAUCAAUAACUUUAACGCAAUCUAUAACCAAAUUUACACUUGUCCUCCUAGCGGGAGUAACGAGUCGGACAUUCUUAACCUUGCUAUCGCUAAGUGGGACUCUCAAAAUCCAAAGCCUUUCCCGCACUUCCGAGCAUGGAACGUAGUAAGGAAAGAACAAAAAUGGACGCCGAUUCCAAAUGAGGUAGCAACCGCCAAACGGACUAAAACUUCUGAGUCCGGAAGUUAUAGUGCGGGAGGCUCCACCGCUCGUUGUCAAAUCGACAUAAACGACGACCCGGAAGAUGACGAGGACGUGUUGCCCAUUCACGAGGCGGAACGUCCCACCGGGAGGGACAAAGCAAAAAAAGAGGCGGCCGGAAAGCGCAAAGGGGCCGGCUCGAGUGGAGGGGGCGGCUCGGGUGGAGGGGGCGGCUCGAAGGCUGAUAGGAUGCUGUGA